UAAUGCAACGUGUAAUAGGUGAAGCAAUGAAUGGAGGGGUAAUUGACAACAACAACAAAACUUUAAUUAAUGAAAGUCAGCCAAAUGAGAAACAAAAUAUUGAAAAUAUUUUUAAAAAUAAUAAACAAAAAUUAACAGCAACAUCGUCUUUGAAUAUUUCUUCCCCUUUGGCUACAACACCAAAUAAUAAGCAUAAUUUUUUGACACUCACUUUGAAUUCUUCAAAGAAGUCAAUAAAUUCAUCAAAUCAUCUAUCCAAAAAUAAUGGAGGCGCAAAAUCAAAUGGUAAUACUCCACAUACUUCUACUGUAAAACCCUUUACUCCGGAAGAACAAAAACUUGCUAAUGAAAUUGAAUCUCGAAUCGACGCAAAUAUUCUCAAAAUUGAAAAUUGUCAUUUAAAUACAACUGAAUUGGCUCUUCAAUGUACUCGAGUAAUGCGCGAAUAUGGUAUUGGGCAACGCUUGUUUGCACGUACUGUUAUGUGUAAGGUAUCACAGGUGAAAAUUUAUUUAAAUUAAAAUUGAACUAUAAAAUAUAAUGCUUAUUAUUCCCCUCUUUCUUUUGGAAUUGACAUUCUGUUAGGUGUCGAGACUUUUCUUAACUUACUCUAGACUCUCCGUUUUUUUUGGCGUUUCGCGUUAUUUUCGAAUUCAAAAUCAUUGAAUAGUAGGGAUGGAUUUUUCCGGUUCCACGUUUUAUUUUGUUUCGCUUUCUUCUGCCUUCCACUUUUAAAAAUGCGGUAGGUUCCAUUCCCGUUAUCAAGUACGUCUCUUGACCGGGUUUAGGGGAAGUGGAUAUUAUACAUAUGAAAGGAUUAUACAAGGAGUUAUUUUGUGAGAGAAUGGGACCUUUGGAAAUUUUAAUUUACUAACUGUUAUAGAAAGAGUUGACUGUUUUUGGAUUUUAAUUUUUGAUAAUUUCACAAUAAUGCAGACAUAA